AGGGCCUUUCCUUCCUCAACCAGCGGGGGCCUGGGCUCAGCCAGAGGGGAGGAUACACAUCUCCGAGCCGCCAGCCUGUUUAGCUCCAUCCCGAUUUUAACCUGACGGGGGUGUAUUUUACUUUUUACAAAUAUAUAUAUUUUUAUUUUUAAAAUCUGAUUUUAUUUUCCCUUCUUAACAUCCCCCGAGCUCGAGAUGUUUCGGGCUUCUCGCAACGAUGCUUCCAAGGACUGGGAAAACGUGUUGCCCUCGGGCAUGAAAGCCGCCAACUGGGAGGACCAGGAGCCGGGAGGUCGGGAGCGGAGUGCCGGCAGAACCGCCACCCCCAUGGGCGGCAGGAAGGCGCUCGGAGUGCUGCAGAACAACCAGGCUUUACAGCCCCAUCACAAGUCCGUUUCAACAUCAGGAUUUAUCUGCAGCAAUGAAAACUCUGGUCCAUUACCAGCAGGAAAAGCACCAACAAAACCAUCAUUCACUAUCCACGUAGAUGAGCCUGAUGGUGCUUCACGGCGAAGUACAAGCAGUAAUGCAGGAAAUGCUGCAAGUCUGACACUAAAUUCAACUGUACUGUCACUUGGAAAUUGCAAGCCUUUGGCUACCAUUGAGUGUGCUGCAAAUGUUAGUUUUGAUUCCCCGAUGGUGCUGGACAUGUCAAUAUCUUCAGAUGAAGAAAAACGAGUAAAUGCUAAUGCUUUACCUGAAUAUGCAGAUGAUAUUCACAAAUACCUUAGAGAAAUGGAGCUGAAAUGCAGACCCAAAGCAGGGUACAUGAAGAAACAGCCUGAUAUAACCAACAGUAUGAGGGCUAUCCUUGUUGAUUGGCUGGUGGAAGUUGGUGAAGAAUACAAAUUGCAGAAUGAAACAUUGUAUCUUGCUGUAAACUACAUUGACAGAUUCUUGUCAUCCAUGUCAGUCCUCCGAGGGAAACUCCAGCUUGUAGGAACUGCUGCCAUGCUGUUGGCAUCAAAAUUUGAAGAGAUAUAUCCCCCUGAGGUUGUUGAAUUUGUAUACAUAACUGAUGACACCUACACAAAGAAGCAGGUUCUACGGAUGGAACAUCUCAUUCUUAAAGUUUUGUCGUUUGACUUGGCAGCACCAACAAUAAACCAAUUCCUUAAUCAAUAUGUUGGGCGUGAGAAAGCCAGCAGUAAAGUUGAGAGCUUAUCCAUGUACCUGGCAGAACUCAGUUUGAUUGAUUCUGAAACAUUCCUGAAAUAUCUACCUUCUGUCCUUGCUGCAUCUGCCUUUUGUUUGGCCAACUAUACAAUAUCACGAACUAGCUGGCCUAGAUCAUUAGCUCAAUUGACAGGAUAUGUCUUAGAAAGCUUAAUGCCUUGUGUGACAGAUCUUUACCAAAACUACCUCAAAGCAUCUGAACAUGCACAGCAAGCAGUGCGGGAGAAAUACAAGAGCUCGAAGUAUCAUUGUGUGUCGACCAUUGACCCACCACUCUCGUUGGAGCUGCUGCUUUUAAAACAGUGAUGCUAUCCACCUUGUUUAGUGUAUAUAUUGCAAACAUUUGUAGAACCUGAAAACUAUUUUUGUACAGCUCAGUAUUUUUGAAGCGAAAUGUGGACUUUGACCAACUUGCCACUACAACUUCUAGCACUGGAUAACUGCAAUCUACACCAAUAGUAAUUUGCUGACUUUUGUGGGAUAUUACAAGCAACAGUUGAAGUAUGUUUACUUGUACAUUUUUAUGAAUUAUGAACUUAUGUGCAAUCCCAUUGUAUACAACUUUUAUAUUUAGAGCUAAAAUAACCAAGCCCAAAUUAACCAAUAGGAUAAGUUUUGUUAAUUCACUUGGGAAACUAUGUGCGGACAAUUUUUUUAUCGCAAGUAGAAUAUUAGGUAUCUUGGAAGAAUGCCAAUGUAUGAUUUUCAAAUAAUCCUGACUGGCUUCUUUCAAGCGAUGUUAGUUGAACAAAGAUGUUAAUUAAAAAUGCCAAGUGGGUUAAAUAUGGCCAGUCUGACCCAGUGCACUAAUUUGGUAUGGUAAAUACCAGUGCCUCUACUAUUUGAGUGGGAAAAGCUUGCAAAUGUGGAUUAUAAUGACUGCAAUCUAGGCCUGUUGGGAUAUGCUCAAUAUUAUGUCAAAAAACAUUGAACACAAUAUAGUUAAACCAAGCAUUUGGCAUACUCUAGUUGAGGAUUAGCUACUUUAGCUUAUGAUGUCCAAUUCCAUUGAUUCCAAUUCCAUUGAUGCCAUUUCCCUGUUGCUUGUCAAUUGGGACUAAAGUUCAAGAAGUACUAUCAGUCGUGAAUAGGUAAAUGUUUUGUGGUUCGUAAGGACCCUGUUCUUGGUUAGAAAACCGCCUUUAUCAGAAAUUUGGCUCUUUUUUGAAUAAGGAAAGUGAAUAUGCUCAACAUUGCAUCAACUUUUCAUCUUUUUCUUGCAUUUUCUUCACUCAUCUCUUUUAAAGCUUAACCUAUUGGCCUUUUUGGAUGGGGCACAUGGCAGGAAAAGGAAUUUUUCAUUUAUAAUUGGACAAUCAAUACAUGAACACUGACUUGUGCGUUUUUUUAAGUGAAUCCUCAACUCUCCUUUUGGUUGCACUAAACUUGUAAACCAUCUCAUUUUGUGCCUGAAAACCACAGCAGAACUAGGCAGGGAAAAAUCAAGCCCGUUACCAUGUCUAUUUGAAUGGCUUCCAAUGUAAAUUAUGGAACAUGUAACAAAUUUACAAAUAAACAUGCAUUAGAUCAAA